AUGAGUAGCCUAGGUAUUGCUCGCGCUCAAUUGCGGCGUAGCCCGUUGGGUCGGUCACAGUGCUGGCGAACCCCGCCUCCGUCCGUCCUAUUUUUCCAAUGUAGAGGCGUUGCUCAAGCAGCGAAACAAGACGCAGCUCAAGAUUCACCGAAACCUAAACCAAAAGCUUCAACAUCCCUGCGUAGAACCGCUGCUGCCUCCUUGCCCAUUCGUUCGAAUCGGACACCAACCCGUAGUGACAUUCAACCCAUCAUUACUCUCGCAACUGCCGAGCGCUACAACCUUCAUGGCAUCGCUGGACGCCUUCCACCUUCAGCCAAGCUCCUACACGAGUCAUGGUGGAUCCCGAAAUGGGGAGAGGAUGGGAAGCAGGGCGAGGUAUUCAUUUUCGGUAACGGGAGCUUUGUUUGCUGGGGGCUCGAAGAAGCGCAGGCAAGAAAAUUUGCUUCGGAGUUCUUGCGCAAGCCCGUCGUAGAGGUUGCACCACUGCGUGAACCGGAGACGGAGGAUCUCGAGUUCGUGACUGAUCCCGAAGAAGACACACGACUACAAGGCGAUCUCAUCAUUCUUGGCCGCACACCUAAAUUAGACACGGACGAUGCAGUACCGAAGGAUUUGCCCGAGUCAUGUCUUCCUCAAGAGACCGUCCUUGCUCGUUAUGCAUACUCCCAGGCUCUGUCCCGCUCCACGGCGCUCUCUGCGCUCGAAGUAUCGCUGGAAAGAUACCUAUCCUCGAUGGCUUUACUUCCGGACACGUUGCAGCGCACGGGCAAACCGGGAUUGACCCGGCAGCAACUGGUCAUGAAGCUAGGGGAGUUGCUGAAGUUCAGGCAAGGACUCAACUUGAACAGGGAAAACUUCUCCGAUACUCCGGACUUCUAUUGGGCUGAACCAGUCCUAGAGAACUACUUCCAUUCUCUCAGUGCAGCACUGGAGAUGAAGUUGCGUACGCAAUCGGUUAACGAAAAGAUCACAUACGCCGCUGAGAUGCAAUCCGUACUUCGGGAACUCCUCACAGAGACUUCGGCGCACAGGAUGGAGCUCAUCAUCAUUGCGCUCAUCGCAGUCGAGGUGGUCAUUUGCCUCGUCCGCGACGGGCCCGAGCUAUGGCAAAUGAUCAGCAACGAUGGCGAACCCGCGGAACACAGGCCUUAG